AUGUUAGAUCCACUGCAAAGACUACGAAAUGCUGUCAUUGAUGGCAACCUUGCCAUUGUGAAACGUCUUCUAUCAAGAUUCCCCGAGCUUUGGUUAAACAACGACCCUCAUAAUCAAGGAUGGUCAAAUCUCCAUUAUGCAUCCUAUUAUGGACAUUAUUUAAUUUGUUUUCAUUUAAUUUCAUAUAUAAAUAAAACAAUUGGUAAAAUAACUAAUAAAUAUGCCAUGGUAGAUUUAGUAGCAUUUGAUGAAAUAACGGUAUUACAUUUAUGUACUAAAAUGAAACAUUUUCAAACUUUACAUUAUUUAUUACAAGAAUUCCCCGGUAAAAUGUGGUUGAAUUCUACUGGAGGAGAAUUUAAACAAACUCCAUUACAUUAUAGUUGUAUUUAUGGGUUUAAAGAAGGUACCAAAUUAUUAUUAGAAUUUGGAGCUAAAUGGAAUAUGGUUGAUUCAAAUGGAGAUAGUUGUUUACAUCAUUGUUUCCAAUAUGGGAGUUUUGGAUGUAUGGAAGCAUUACUUAGAUUCAUUGCAAUUGAAUGUAAAGAUAAAGAAAAAGCUAGAAAGAAGAUUCAUGAAUUUGAAUCAAUCAAGAAUAAUAAAAAUUGGGUAGCAUCUCAUUAUGCAUUAACUUUUGAUUUGGUAAAUCAAUAUAAGAAAUUAAAACAAGAUAUCUUAGCAAUUGACUUUGAAGAAACGUUGUCGAUCUUAGAUAGUCCAUCACAUAUAUCCCUUGCAAGAAUGAUUAGCGAAGUGCCUUCUUCAGGUAUCUCAUUAUUAGAAGAGAAUAAAAUAUUGGCUAGUCCGAUAUUACCAAUGUCACAAAGUCAAGACAAAGGACAAGUUCAAGAAGAUCAAGAAGAAUCGCCUAGUCCUAUUGAUACAAUCAAUCCAAUAAUACCAUUUUAUGAAUCAAUAGUCCCUAGAAAUGAUACAAUUACUACAGAUAGUGAGACGUCACUACUGUCCUUAGUACAGAAAGAUACGGUUGCUGGGAAAAGACAACAUUCACGAUCAUUACCGACACAGGAUAAACCAAGACCUCCACCAUUGACAAUACGAACUCGUUCUAAUACAACUCAUUCUUUACGUUCUGGAAAUGUACUAAAAUCACCAACCUCAAAUGUCACACCAAGAAUAAAUUCAACUAUGCAAUUUUCAUCUUCGGGAACUGGUUCCUCAAUUACUCCUACAAUGAGUCGCAAUACCCCUUCUCUCAAAUCAUUAACAAUUUCUCCGUCGGUAAGAACAACAGCAUCGUCACAAGAACCAAUCUCACCCCAAUCUAUUGCCUCGUAUUCUAUUCCCGGUGACUCACCCACCAGGCAACAAGUGAAAAAGAAUUUACAAAAGAAGACAAGCGUAUUGAAUAAUGACCAUGAUCAAUGGCCAUCAUUUCAUCCUGAGAUUCCAUCAUAUAUGCAAUCAUCUACCAAUGCUUCCAGCAGUCAUAGCCAUCAUCGACCUCGGGCAUCUUCAACAUCUUCAAUCGCCGCCAAAGUUGCCUUCAGUUCUAGUCGAGCAUCUCCUUCUGGCGGGGCAGGUGAAAUCGGCAGUCCACUCAGAAGGGCAGUUCAACGUCGGGCAACUUCAGAAGCUUCCUCCACGACAAUUAAUAGCAUACUGGCUGGAUCUACUCCGGGACAUUCGCCAAAAGGAAAAAGUUUACUUGAGAGUCCAUCUAAUGGGAGUUUGGCUAGUCGAGAAAAUAGCAUAGAUGAGCUUCAGACAUCUCCGUUAAAGAUUGUUACCGGUGUCGAUGAACGGUUUUCUCCUGGUCUUGUUCCAUCUGCUAGUUCUAUUAGUGAGAGUAAUCGAGGGUUUAGUGUCAAUAGUAUAAAUUUCAAUAGAACUAGAUAA